AUGCACUUUGACCUUAAUUUUCCAGUCACUGCAUCUGGCUUCACCCCUGCCCAAAUAAAGGGAAUCGAAGCUCGUCUGGACCUUCUUGAACAUUGUCUGUUUACUUGUGUUAUGAUACACUGUGAUGCAUUCAAUCAAACCGUGAACAAGAAAAUCGACCCCAAAACUCAUGUCAACAUUCUGGAUGGACUUCUUACACAGCUGAGGGCGAGGCCCGGGACGGUAUUCUUGAAGCGACUUACAAUUGUCCUCGAUAAUGAUAGCGAAAAAGGCUUUGGUUUGACAAACGCGAACACCUCCCUUGUCGAGCCUUACGAUGUGAUCGCUCUCCUGCCAACGACCUCCGCGACAUUUUCCCUCGCUUGCCUCACGCAUAGUCUUCCUUCACCACUCACUGCACAUAUUAUUGCUCUUCCUUUAACGCUCCCUCGAUUGCCCUUUCAGUUGAAGCACACACUGUUUUUCGAAAUCAACUACGCAGGAGCCAUCGGCGGCGAAAUUGAAGCCAGUCUUUCAGCUUUCGGCGUCAGCGAUACCGGUGUAAGUGGCAAACGAAACUGGUGGGCUGCUGCACGAGAAGUCGUUCGGGUGACCAAGGGAAAAGGCAUCGUUGUAGGACCCAAGGAUAUUGCAAAUUUGCUCACGCUGCUGGACCUGGCACAAAAUCUAGCUCACGAUGCAUCAGUUGCUGUACCUAAAUCACUCGUCUUGCGUGCACAAGCACGCAAAACCUAUCGAGCCGUCCUGUCAGAACCCAGGCAGGCGCCUCCCACCCAGCAGACCGAAGACGACCAAAAUUUGCGUGACAACGUGAAUAUUCAACAAUCCAGUCGAUUAUCUGCGAACCCAACCUUGACGCUGCCUCAACCGGCCCUCCGUGAUCCCCAGGGAACUGCUAAUACCGAGGGCGAGUCGCAAAGACAGAAGAAGAAGAAAGGUGGGAAUAAAGAGAAAGCUCGUGCCAGUCUAACAAUUGUCUAA